AUUUGCAUUUUGAGAUGUUAUUGAAAGCGGAAAAUGGCGAUAAUUUACAGCCCCAUACUACUCUUCUUUUUCUUACUACAUUCAAGCUUAUCCUCAGAUGUAAAAACAUUUCCUAAAGGCCACGGGGAAGAGCUAGGCAAGCAUCGCGAUUCUGACGGUCAUGUUGAUGUCCUAGAAUUGAUCCCAACUCCAAAACAUUUUUGGGAACAGUACGCAAGUAUUCGAAAGCCUGUAGUAUUUCGAGGCGCAGGAAAAAACUUCCCAGCUCACUCACUAUGGACGGAUAGCUACCUCAAACAAAACUACGGGAAUUUAGAAGUCAAACUCGAGGCGAAAAGAGAAAAAGAAAAGACACCAGUUGGGGAUCGUGGAGUCGGUCGCGACACCAUUGAAAGUUUUCUUAAUACCUACGUUCAAAAAGACAGCUAUAUGGUUUCGCAAUUACCUGACCCUUUAGCCAAAGAAGUGAGAGUUUUGCCUUGUUUAAUGUGUGGUACGUUUUCUGAAAGAAUUCUUGAAGCGAAUUUAUGGUUGAGUUCCGGUGGUACAAAAAGUAUGUUACACAAAGACGCUGAUAAUGCCAUCAAUUGUCUUCUUAACGGUACCAAAGAUUGGAUUUUAAUUCAUCCAGACAAUGAAGAAAAUAUUCCUGUAGCUGAAGGUGACAAGGGAUAUGGUGGCUUUGCCGUCUUGGACGUUGAUAAAGUCAAUUUAAUAAAAUAUCCUGAUUUCAAGAAUGUACGCUGGCAGUAUGCAAACCUCUCAGCUGGAGAUUGUCUUUAUCUACCAUACAGUUACUGGCAUCAAGUGCGAUCCUAUGGCUCCAAGAAUAUGGCAGUGUCAGUUCUGUUUUCAAGACUAACUGUAUUCAAUAGUACUGGAUGUGAUAAGGCAGUGUUAAACUAUACCCCAUUAAGCGAUGUUGAUAUGGUUUGGACAUAUCCUGGACACGGACCACAAACCAUGGGCAAUCUGGACCCUUUUGAACUAAAAGAUAAUUAUGUGAAGGAUUUGGACUUAGCAAAGGAUGGUAGAAUGACGGUGGAUUAUUUGUAUARAUCAUUUACCGAGCAGGGGCUAUAUGAACAACACCCAAAAAUCAGAAUGCAGAUUGCACAAAAGGUGUUCAAUGUACUAGACCCAAAUAAGAAGGGCUAUGCCAAUAAGGAUGAUAUCAUGGCAUUAACAGUGGAUAAGCUUAAAGCUAUAGCUGAUAUUGUGGAUCCUGAUUAUGCAAACACUGAGGAAUAUGAACAUGUCCUGUUUGGUGAAGAAGAAGUGAGAGAUGCUUUCCAAGAUGCUCUAGAAGAAGGAAAUGGAGAACUCCAUUUGCAAAAAUUGAUACUAAAAUACAAGGAUCUUGGCGGAUCGGAAAAAGUUGCCCGAGAGCUGUUUGCAAUGUUGAAACCCAAAUCUAAAGAUAUAGCAACAGCUGAUGAAGUAGAAGAGAACUUGUCAAACGUGCUUGAACUUUACAAGAAAAUAAGAGACGACGAUAAAUCAGGUGUAUUCUACGAUCGACAUCUACAAGAGGACAAAGAGAUCAUGGCUAAGACGUUAGAUGAGGGAACAAAUACAGAUGGUGCAAAACACGAAGAACUUUAGAACUUUUAUUGAUCGAAAAAGUCUGGUUUGGAACUGUGAAAAUCAUGUUUGCAUUAUGGUAAAUUAAAUGUAAAGUGUUAUUUAAAAGAGUCGUUGUCCACCUCGCUAGUUGCGCUAUAUUGUUUGAAAUGUAGCCAUUAGCUAUUGCCUGUAAGUCGUUGUGGCAAAUAAUACUGGAAUAAAUUUAGCUAUAACCUAAAUAUAUUUUCAGGGGAAAAUGUAUCAUCUGGUUGUUAAUACUUGUCACUUUUAGGCGACCCGCUUGAAGCAGUGAUUGUUGACAAUAUAUUUGCGGUCAUGUCCAUGAUAUUAUAGUCUAGGMAUACUAUCUUUCGUUUGAAAACUAGUAUUGUGUGUUUUUAGUCGAUGCAUUUGUAUCUACCYUUUUUCAUGAAAAMAAAUCUUGUACUGUUUUUAAGCUGUUUGAAUAUAGCUCGAUUUCGCGUCGUGAUGCAUCGACUUAGACAAUCAAAAACUUAUGAAUUUUUAUAUAAUUUAUUACCACCACAUGCAGUACCCAUACAUUGUAGUUUCGUCUAUGACGUCUAUGCUUGAAAAAUAAAAUGGAAAUGUCUAUU